CAUUAAUUUCGUGGCCUGAACGUCCGCUCAUGUGUGCUAAUGAAAAUGGUCACAUUGUCGAGUAUCUUCAGCUUAAGAUCACCAAAAAGAUAAAUAUUUUAAUUGAUCAGGAGCAUAGGGCUAAUAUUAAGCAGUAUAAAUUUUAUUUGAAAGAUGAUAAAAUUGUUUCUGACAAGGGAUCUAUUUUUGAUGUAUUGUACCCUGGGGUUAUGCAAGAAAAUAUUCAGUUUAAGAAUGGGUCAAUUUAUGAUCUACGCAAAU